UGGGGACUUGCAGAGGGCAGCGCACGAGUCAAGCAUGCAAGGCCAAGGAUGGAGUAUCAACCUCAGAAAAUCAAGUCUUCUUUCGAGAUGUCACCGCCAAUCCUCGAUAUUCCAACGUCCGAAUACACGGUGCGUGUCCGAAUGAUCGACCCUGGCGCCGUUAUGACAGUCAAGGCCGAAUUAUUCAUCAAACCCGUCCAGAAAGGCCAUGAACUGCUCAACCUCACCUGCGUAGCGUUCCUCAUCGAGCAUGCACCUUCCGGUAAAAAGGUCAUGUUCGAUCUUGGUGUCCGCAAGGACUACUGGAAUCUUGCCCCUGUCAUCCAGAAGCGCCUUGGAGCUGCUAUCCCCAGCUUACGAGUUGACGGGGACACACCAGCGGUACUCCAGGAGAACGGGAUCAGCCUUGAGUCGAUAGCAUCGGUCAUUUGGUCACACUACCACUGGGACCAUAUAGGUGACAUGUCUUUGUUCCCACCUUCAACAGAGAUCGUCGUCGGGUCCGGUUUCAAGGCUUCGCCCGUCAUCCUACCGGGACACCCCGAAAAGUCCGAGUCACCUCUCAACGCCUCUGACUUUGCUGGUCGGAGUCUCGACGAGAUCGACUUCAAGGCCUCGGGCUUGCAGAUCGGCGGCUUUGCAGCGCAUGACUUCUUUGGAGAUGGGUCUUUCUAUCUUCUAGACACACCUGGCCACUGUCUGGGCCACAUGUGCGGCCUGGCACGAACUUCCGGGGGCAAAGACAGCACCUUCCUCUUCCUAGGCGGCGACAUAUGCCAUUUUGUCGGCGAUCUUAGGCCGAAUAAAGCAUACCCCAUGCCAGAUCCGAUCCCCAGUGACGUGCUGGACGACGAUCCUGGCGACUUUCCAAGUCCUUGUCCAUGCAGCAUAUUCACACGCCACCAUCCUCUCGCGUUAGAAGCGGCAGACGCCGAGGAACGAAGAACGACGCCAUUUUACCGUGUAUCCGACCAUAAGGCUUCUGCAUAUAUUGACCCAGCGGCAGCACAAACCUCGGUGGAGAAGCUGAUCGCAUUCGAGAGCUCCCCGAAUGUGCUUGUCUGCCUUGCUCACGACCCUGCGUUGUUGAAGUACUUACCUACCCUCAACUCUGACCCCGCCUCAGAUCUGAACAGUUGGCAAGAAAGGGGCUGGAAAGAGAAAUGCAGAUGGAACUGGCUGAACGAGCUGCCACGCAACGGUAGGCCGGGCAGGAAACCUCUCGUGAAGGGAUUUUGGAGAGACGGGAAGUCUUGGAACAGACCGCAGCCUGCAUGAGUUCCAAG